AUGCGUCGGACCACUAGGGAAACAGCCACAAGUGAGACAGACACAACAGAACUAGACCAUGAGCUCAACGACCUCAACACAUCUGAAAACCACGAUGCGAGCGUUAGUCUCGCAUUCCCUGAGGGAGGACGUGAAGCAUGGACUUCUCUCCUAGGAUCAAGCCUACUCAUGUUCCCAUCAUUCGGAUUCCAAAUAGCCAUCGGAACAAUUCAAGACUACAUCAGCACCCACCAACUAUCAAACUACAGCGUCGGAGAGAUAGGCUGGAUAACAGCAAUCCUGUGCUUCUUAACACUAUUUUUAGGAGUGCAAGUCGGCCCAUUAUUCGACCGCCAUGGUCCACGCUUGCUCCUAAUAAGUGGUUCUCUCGCCAGCGUGACAUCUUAUCUCCUCCUCGCUCAAUGCACAAAGUACUGGCAUUUCAUAUUAUGUCUCAGCAUCCUGGGCGGGAUCUCCUCCGCUGUCGUGACGACAGUUGGGAUCUCAGUGAUAAGCCACUGGUUCUACCGACGUCGGGCACUUGCAUCAGGCCUCUGUAUGUCCGGAUCAUCAGCCGGAGGUGCAAUCCUGCCUCUCGCAUUGCGCAGCUUAUUCGCGAAAUACGGAUGGACGUGGUCAAUUCGUAUAAUUGCCUUUAUUGCACUCGGAUGCUACUUGUUGGGGAUUGCCUUGGUAAAAGGUAGAUUGCCCGGAGGGAAUACAAGUAAAGCAACGAUCGACUUUCGGGCGUUUAGGUCUCCGAAGCUGUGUUUCUUGGCUGUUGCUGUCUUUGCCUUUGAAUUCAUUAUCUUUGGUUGUGCGGCGCUUUUACCGACUUAUGUCCGGUAUACGGGAUUGGAUGUGGAUGUGCAGUUUUAUUCGCUUACCGUGCUAAACUCUAUGACUCUCCUGGGCAGGAUAUUACCUGGAGUCGCUGCAGAUCAGGUCGGCCGGUUCAAUAUUCUGUUAUUUACUGCCGUUGUCACGCUGGUGGUUAUGGCCGCUGUCUGGAUUCCGUUUGGGUCUCAAGACGAGGCGACGCUUUAUGGUGUUGUGGCGGUGUUUGGGUUUGGAUCUGGAGGUUGGGUUUCACUUGCCCCAGUCUGUGCGGGUCAGUUGUGUCGCACGGAGGAUUAUGGUCGGUUCUAUGGAACCAUUUACUGUGUUGCGGCGUUCGGAGUCCUGUUGACCGUGCCAGUCGGUGGUCAACUUCUGCAAUCAACAACUCCUCAAGCACUAGUCGGCUUUUACACCGCUGUUCUCUUGAUUGGGCUGGUGAGCGUUGCUAUGUCGCGGUGGGCAUUGUUAGAAUGGAAGUGGAAGUGGAAGGUUAAGGUGUAA